AUGACUCAAGAUAUUUCAAAUAUAUCCUUGGACUUGAGUAAGUUAUCUAUUCAAGAUAAAAAGGUUUAUGAAAUAUGUCAAUCUAUUUUCGUAAGAUCAAAUGAUCACUCAGAAGAUAAAAGUGAGCAUUUGGAAGAGAUUGCAAAAUGGUCAAUGAAGAUAGAAGGGGUGAAUUGUUUGUCAGAGUAUAUAACAAAGGAUCCAAGCUCAUUUUUGAAUGGCUUAAGAGUGUUGAACGACAGGAAAGGGACGUUAUUAAUUCAUAUGAUACAAAAAAAUCCCCCACUCAAAGAAAAGGUGUUGGAGUGCUUACGUAAAAUAAUCCGAGAUCAACAAAAUGAUUCAGAAGGAGCUGAAUUUUUCUUAACUAUAUAUGUCGUGGUGAUAACUGAGUUGAAAUAUAGUUACCCUAAGCAUCUUACAAGUUUAUUAUUAUGUUUAGGAAGUGAUAAGUUAGCACCUUUAGUGCUUAUGAUUAUUGUGAAAAAUAUGGAAUUUCAUUCUCAAGAAACCCUGGAAGCGGUGGAAGAAUAUUUUGAAACAUCAUUGGAAAUCGAUGAAUUAAAAGAUACUACACAAUUCCUUACAUUUGCUAAAUCUCUUGAAUUGAUUUUCCCGGUACUUCCAUCUAUUGCAUCCAAGUUUUAUGUACAAGAAACGUUUCACAAAAGUGUAAUGUAUCAAGUUGGGAAAGUUACAACUAGUCCAACUCCAUUAAAAUCAAAUGAGAAACUUAUAACAUUAAACAUACUUCGACUUGUUAGCAGUUCUUGUGUGAAUGAUGGAUGUAGAACAUAUAAUGCUAAAAACUACCUUGGGGUAUUAAAGUCUGGUACAAAGAUAGAUGCUCUUGAUGAUGAUAAUUUUCAACGGAUUAGAACCCUUUCAACCCUUUGUGUUAUCAAGAUAUGGAACUUUAUUGAAGCGGAAAAGGUGAAUGGUCCAGGGGACUUGGCAGUCACAGUCAAUGAUAUGUUGGAUACUCUAUUAGCGGCUUUAAGUUUGAAAGAUAUGAAUAUCUUGGAAGAAUCAAUCGAAGGAUUAGCAUAUCUUACAUUGAAUGCACUUGCUAGAAAUAGAUUGAGGGCUGAUGAAACUGCUAUAGAAAAAUUUUUUAAUCUUCUAAAACAACAGCAAAUAGUCGAAGUAUCACAGGAAAAGUCUAAUAUCAAAGGGAACAAGGUAAAUACAUCCUUUACAUAUGGAUUGGUUUUAAUUCUUACUAAUCUUUCCAAGUUUGAAGAUAAAAAUGGCUCCUCUGAUCAUAAAACUAAACAAUUCUUGAAAUCUUUCGCUACUCCAGAUUCAAAUACUAAACUGAAUCAAGGGAAAGAACUGCAGGAAGAAAUCAAUUUGUUCAAUAAAUCAUUACUUUCUAAUCACAAAAUCAUUGACUGUGUUUCAAAGAUUAAGGUUUUCAAGGAAACCAAAUCAGGAAAGGAUAGCCAAAACUCCAAGUUUACACAUCUUAUAAUAUCCAUAAUCUAUCAUAUUUCAAGAAACCAAGAUAGAAAUGUUAGACGAGAACUUGUUCAACAAGGUGCAUUAAACAUAGCUCUUGAAUAUUUGAUCUCGAACUCCACUAUAUUGAAUGGUAAUACCCGACCAAUGAAUGACAAUGACAUUGAAGUAGAUAUUAGAUUAUUUGCGAUCAGGUCAAUCGCAAGAAUGAUUGUUGCCAUUGAUCCAAAGUUAGCAUUUAAAAAAUAUGAUACACAAACUAGUGUUCCAUUUUUGGUCGAAUUGCUUGGCCCAGACAUUUCACAAUAUGGAGGACUUAAUUCGAAAAAGGAAUCAGAUACUUAUUUGUACGAGAAAGUUACCAACCUUGAUAAGUAUGAAUCACUUUUAGCAUUGACUAACUUAACUUCGGAUGUUUCCAAUGUGGAAUUAAGAAGAAUUAUUAUCAACAAAACUUUUGAAAAGUACUUGGAUAAUUUCAUCAUAGAUACUGAUUCAUCAAGUAUACAGAGGGCAUCUUGGGAACUUAUCUCUAAUUUAAUCUCUGAACCAAUUUUGCUUGCUAAAUUUUUUAACCUCGAGGUCACAGAAAAUAAAAAACGAUUGGAAAUGCUCGUAAGGUUUAUUGACUCUGAGGAUGAACAAUUGCAAAUUGUAAUUACUGGCUUAAUAGCUAAUGCCACAUCUGAGUUUGAGAUUGUUAGUCAUGUAUUUGCCAGAGAGAAACAAAUUGCCUCGAGCUUUUUCCAGAAUGUAUCUUCAGUUCUUAAGAACCAGUUUACAAAUGUCGAGCUUAUAAAAAGAGUAGUAUUUUCGUUGGUAAGCAUGGCUUAUGCUCUUAGCGACAAUAACGAAGACUUGAAGGUUAUGGCACAAAACCAAGAUUUACAAAGAGGACUAACAUUUAUUAUAUCGAAGUCAAAGGACCGUGAAGUCAUGGGUGCAAUUUUAGAGAUCUUGAAAAUUAUGCGGAUGCAAACUUAA